AUGGAGCGUCACGAUGGUGAAGAGUACAUCCCGGCCAUCUUCGGUGGUCAGCCCCCGCACGCUUCGCAAGUGAUUUCGCUGAUGAAGUUCUCGCAAGAAACCACCACCUGGAAUUUGCCCAUCAUGAUCGCGCAGGCGUUGCUCGUUUCCGAAGUUAUCCGUACGUAUCCGGCCGAACUCCGAAUGCUUCAUCGACUCUUUCAACGCAAACACCCCAACAUGGCCGAAAUUUUUUUCAUCCUGAUCAAGUACCUCACGAUUUUCGCGGUGAUCUUUGACAUCUUAGUCACCGAGACGUUUGCUGCCAGGACGGAUUUCGACUGUCGAUCGUGGGCGUGGACCAGCUCGACAUUUUACUUCAUGUGUUCGACGCUUGUUUUUUGUGUGAUAGGUUGGAGAGCGAGGAUCAUCUUUCGAACGAGUCAAGUGGCAUCUUGGUCGCUGAGUGUUGGGUUGAUGGGUCAAUUUGCGGUGGCCAUGUGGACCAACUAUCGAGUGGAUAAGGCGGAUGCUUUGACUCCAGCGGGGACGUGUGCUCCUGCUGCCCAGGUGCAUGCCGAUGCGUCCCAACGCAACGCCGCACUGCAGUUGCAUUUUUGGCAAAGCUCGACGUUCUGGUUUUUGCUUUACAACACCAUCUUUGAAAGCUCGAUCUUGAUGGCUUGCUGUAUCAAGCUGCGCAAGACUUCGAGUGGGCCAAGUGGGCUGACCAAAAUCGCCAAGGUGCUGUUCAGCAACAACGUCCAUUACAUGGCGGGUGUUGAGACGUGUAACGUGAUCGAGUUGGUCAUGCUAUUGGGUUGGACAUCCAGCUUGCCGCCCGUACACAUUACUUCGAUCGCGAUCCAGAUCGUGGUCGGGUUGCAAAUGUUGAUCGGCGAGCAGGAGGCGGUGUACAGCCCGACUUGCUCACAGCUGUCGUACUCGCAAUAUUCUUCCGACAGCGGUGGAUACAUCAACAAGCAUCAUGCAGCCACUUCGAGCAGCAACGGCACUUUCAGUACGCCUUCGAGGACGUUGUCGUAUGUCAAGAGGCCAGGGACGGGUACUACGGUGGCGGAUAUCGGAUGUGCGGAUGCAAGCGGCGGUGGGCAACAUGGGCGAAAAGGCACUUUCUCUUCUAUCAGCUCGGUGCCUGCAUACGUCAAAGCAAACCCAAUCGUAGAGACAGUAUCGCCUCAAAUGCCUUCCAAGGCCCAGUCCCAGUCUAUCCCAUACAAGCGAGAGGUCGAGGUGACGGUUGAUAUGUCGCCCGUCCCUCCUCCGCCGGGACCAUCUCCUGCUCCCCUUCCGGCCCCAUACAUGUGA